GUUAGCAUUUCAUAACAACAGCGUGACAAUUCAGUGUUGUCAAAAUCAGCUGGCCGCUCCAAGCCCACCGGCCGGCCACCCGCAAAAAGUGUGAAUUAAAAUGUUUCCGCGUCCUUUUAGCUCUAUUCGGAGGAUUUCCACCAACAGAGUGACCACAGAAUUGCGACUGUACGAUGGAAAAACCAAGGAAAAGGUACCGUUGUCCAUCAACCCGCAGAAACCCUUUCUGUCCUUCUACACCUGCGGUCCCACGGUGUACGACUCGGCGCACAUCGGACAUGCCAGCUGCUACGUCCGGUUGGAUAUUUUACAGCGGAUUUUAAAACACCACUUCCAGCUACCACUGGUUACUGCGAUGAAUAUUACCGACAUUGAUGAUAAGAUUAUUGCGCGAGCUAACGAAAGGGGGAUGGAUUGGCAGGCGCUAGCACGCAAGUAUGAGGCGGAAUUUUGGAAUGAUUUGACUAACCUGAAUGUCCAGCCACCGGACGUUAAACUUCGCGUAACCGAACACAUUACUGCCAUCGUACGGUUCGUCCAGACGCUCAUCGAUAAAGGAUACGCUUACCGGGCGGACGAUGGAUCGGUGUACUUCGAGACGAACAAGUACGAACGGUAUGGCAAACUGCAGAAGGUGAUCCUUGAACCGGCACAGGAGUCCCGCUUCAAGCGUCAUCCGUCCGAUUUUGCUCUGUGGAAAGCAUCGAAACCUGGUGAACCUGCGUGGUCCGGCGAAGGAGAGGCGGUUUCGGUGACCAGCGGUCGCCCUGGAUGGCAUAUAGAAUGUUCAACGAUGGCCAGUCACGUAUUCGGUAAACGAUUGGAUUUCCAUGCCGGAGGGUUGGAUCUUCGCUUUCCACACCACGAGAACGAAGAAACGCAAAGCUGCUGCUACCACGACGUUCCCGAUUGGGUCACACACUGGAUACACACCGGGCAGCUGCAUCUCGAAGGCCAAACGCACAAAAUGUCCAAAUCACUUAAGAAUACGAUCAGCAUCUCGGAACUACUGCAAGAACACACGGCGGACGAGUUUCGAAUGCUCUGCCUGCUGUCGCACUAUCGCAGCGUGAUCGACUACGGCUCAGAAUCGAUGGCUACUGCGAGUAAUGUUCUGCGUAAGUUCAUCAGCUUUUUCCAAGACUCCAAAGCCUACGUCGAUGGACUAAAACCCCAAACGUACGGCAAUGGUUCAUCGGAAGAGAACCUGUUCGAUUGUCUGGCCAAAACUCGGAGUAUCGUGGAAACAUGUUUGAGUAACGAUUUCAAUACUGCAAACUCGGUUCUGGCACUAAGCGAUUUGAUUUCCACCGCACAAAAGGCAAUCAAUGGAAAUGAACAGUCUGAAGAUGGAGCACAUCCACGGUUAAUAGGCGCGUCGAAUAUCGGUGCCGUUCUCGCCGUCACACGGUACGUUCGCGAACAGUUGCUCUCUUACGGAUUGCAGUCCUUCGAGAGGUCGACCCACCGACGGAUUGAUGGAGCAGACCAAUUACCAAUAGUCGAUUCCGUCGUAGAAGCGAUCGUGAAAACGCGCGCCGAAAUAAGACUGCGGGCACUGGAAACCAAAGAUAAGCAACUAUUUCUCGUGUGUGAUCAAUUGCGCAAUAGUUUAAAGACGGCAGGGAUAGAACUCAAGGAUCAUGGUAAAACGUCUUCCUGGAGUUGGGUUGACGACCGCAGUGUUGGACAAUAAAUAACAACCGAUCGAAAAUACAGUUCCAAAGUAAGUCUUUCGUUUCUUUUUAUGUUUUGUAAUGGUGAGAAUCUUCACAAUCGCACACUCCCUCCACCC